UGUCAGGAGAGAAUGCUUUGGGUGACAGGAAAAUGCCAAAGAUGAGCAUCUUACCAGAACGUUUGCAUGACUGGCCUUUGAAAUCACUCAGUCUCUGAUUUAUUGCUAACAGUAAUUGAAUCUGAUGCUGACAAGGCAAAUCGGUAAAACUCAUUUCUUGAUUCUGUUUACUUUAGAGACUGUGUGUGAAGCAAGUCAGAGCAGUGACGGCCCUGAACUUGACACUUGUUCCGUGUCUUACCCUGUAGCACGCAGAGGCCUAUCUGUAUGCAGCUGCUGAGUGGAAAGAAUAAAAAGUGACUGCACAUCUUUUGGUCCACAUUGGAGCUUGUUUGCUUUGAAGAAUUUGCAAGCCUCCCUGGAACCUGGGCUCCCGAGGACACUGCGCUGGGACAGAUGGAAAAUGGAGACUGGGGCUAUAUGAUGACCGACCCAGUCACGUUAAAUGUGGGUGGACACUUGUACACAACGUCUCUCACCACACUGACGCGCUACCCAGAUUCCAUGCUUGGAGCCAUGUUCGGAGGGGACUUCCCCACGGCUCGAGACCCCCAAGGCAAUUAUUUCAUCGAUCGAGAUGGACCUCUUUUCCGGUAUGUGCUCAACUUCUUGAGAACUUCAGAGUUGACCUUACCCUUGGAUUUUAAGGAAUUUGAUCUGCUGCGGAAAGAAGCAGAUUUUUACCAGAUUGAGCCCUUGAUUCAGUGUCUCAACGACCCCAAACCUUUGUAUCCUGUGGAUACUUUUGAGGAGGUGGUGGAGCUCUCCAGUACUCGGAAGCUUUCGAAGUACUCCAACCCAGUGGCUGUCAUCAUAACCCAGUUAACCAUCACCACCAAGGUCCACUCCCUACUAGAAGGCAUCUCAAACUACUUCACCAAGUGGAACAAGCACAUGAUGGACACCAGAGACUGCCAGGUGUCCUUCACGUUUGGACCCUGUGAUUAUCACCAGGAAGUCUCUCUCCGGGUGCACCUGAUGGAGUACAUCACAAAGCAAGGCUUUGCCAUCCGCAACACUCGAGUGCACCACAUGAGCGAGCGGGCCAACGAGAACACAGUGGAGCACAACUGGACUUUCUGCAGGCUGGCGCGGAAGACCGACGACUGAGAACGGAAGAGACUGGUGUUUUGUUUUUCCCCGUCACAGGGCGGGCUCCUCUUUUGCUUUAAUGUUUGUAUUUAUUUGAGAGCACUGAGGACCAGAAAGAAGUUCCAUACUUCAGCAGACUUCCGUGUCUGUUCCCUUCUCCCCGAGUGUGCAUGUGCCUGUUCAGAGUCUCCGGAUACCUUUUUGAUGAAGAAAAGUCAUUAUUGCAUAUCAUCUACCCUCAACAGAGCUCUUUUUUUUUUUUUUUUUUUUUUU